AUGAGCAAAAUGACAUCGCGACCCCUCCUCAUUCCACACAAACGCCCUCUCCUCUCCCCUAAUCAUAAUAAAGCGAAAGAGAACACCAAUCAUGUUCAAAAAGUCCUCAAUCCCAGUGCCGUCGCAGCAGAGAUACGCAUGAAGAAACCCACACCCUACGCGCAUAGCGAUGAUGAGCCUACAGCACCAGAGCUCGAGGAUAAACCGGAUCCCUUCAAAGUCUCCUUCGCAAUGCCUCCACAGCCCUUCCUCGACCCACCAACCUGGGAAGCGAUGCUAAAACGAGCUAGAGAGGCUAAAAAUACCUCAGGAAAUGGAGAUCUAUCAAACGAGGCAUCCGGACCAUCUGAGACGGCGGAUCAGCGCAGACAAAGACACGAUAGGGAGGCGGAAUACGGAUCUAUGGCUAUUCGGGGACGGUCGAAUAUCAGUGGUAGAGGGAAGCGACCAAGGGGGAGGCAAUAUUGA